UUUAGCUAGAGAACUUUGGGACAGAGACAUUUGUGAAUCCAGAUCCUAGUAGCACAGGAAGCAGGGAGUGACCAUGGAGAAGUUGUUGUGGUGUUUCUUGGUCUUGAUCAGCCUCUCUGAUGUUUUUGGCCAGAAAGACAUGUCUAAGAAGACUUUUGUGUUUCCUAAAGAGUCAGAUAACUCCUAUGUAUCCCUGAAAGCACAGUUGAAGAAGCCACUGAAUGCCUUCACUGUGUGCCUCCGUUUCUACACUGAUCUGUUCACAAGUCGUGGGUACAGCAUUUUCUCUUAUGCCACCAAGAAGCACUCGAAUGAGAUCCUCAUAUUUUGGUCUAAAAAUAGAGGAUAUAUUCUUUUUUUUUUAUUGAGAUAUAUUCUUGAACUGGGUGGACCUGAAGUACUAUUCAAGGCUCCUGAAAUUCCCACAGCUCCAGUACACAUCUGUGCCAGCUGGGAGUCCGUCUCGGGAAUCAUAGAGUUGUGGGUAGAUGGGAAGCCCCAGGUGAGGAAAAGUCUGCAGAAGGGCCACUCUGUGGGGACAGGAGCCAUCAUCAUCCUUGGGCAGGAUCAGGAUUCAUUUGGUGGGAGCUUUGAUGCAAACCAGUCUUUUGUGGGAGACAUUGGAGAUGUGAAUAUGUGGGACUUUGUUCUGUCACCUGAGGAGAUCAGUGCAGUGUAUGCUGGUGGGACAUUCAGUCCUAAUGUUCUAGAUUGGCGGUCACUGACAUCUGAAACACAUGGUGAAGUCUUCAUCAGGCCCCAUCUGUGGGCUUGAGGCUCUUCUGUGGAUCCUCAAGGUGCCUCCUGCAGAUUAUAUCUCCUGGGCUCCAGAUCUCUGGCUAUGGACUUUCUCCCUAUGUACCUCAUAGGUUUACUCUGCAAGCAGAACCUUUUACAUCCC